AUGAUGAAUUCACUCCUGCUCGAAAUAUUUUUCUUCAAGAAACUUCCUCUCAAAGAAGUGGGAGAGAAUUGUGAUUUGUUGCGCGAGCUGUGUGACUUUAUGGAUGAUUCUGAUAUCGUGCGAGAUUGGAAAAUUCACUUUGAUAUCGAUAUCCAUUCUGUGCAAAGAACUUUUGAAAAUUGGAGAGAGACGCAAACUUCUCCAAUUUCUAUUUCCAUACCAGUAGGAAAAACAGUUUUCGACAUGCUACGACAUGAACAGGAUAUACUACCUUUCUACUUACCUGGAAAUAAUUCUUGUCUUGUUCUCAAGAAAGCACCAAGCCACGCUAAUUACAGUUUCAUCGCCACUGCCUUUCAAAUUCAUGCACCAAACAACAUAGUCAUGGAACAUAAGGGGUAUCCAGUAAUGACAGUUCCUGAAAUGUCAGUAGGCGUCUAUGAUGGUUGUUUAUUGUCUUCUCAAGACUUUAUCAAUCAAUUACAAUCGUUAUGCAUGGAUUUAGAAGAAACAAUGGCUACAUCAUCCAAAGGCCGUAAAAGACAGACCGAAGUGAGAGAUGUUGCGUCUCCCAAAUUGAUUUUCGAUUGGCUAUUACCAACACUUACGGACUGUGUCGGCCACGUACCUGUCACAACCGUUCAAAAGAAAAUUAGAAACUCUAUAGAAUGGAAAGAUUCUUUAAAACCGUACAGACGUUCAGGUCUUUGGAUGUGUAUCAAGACAUGUUUGCAAUUGAACUUGGUGUGGUCCUUUGGCAUGAAGAAAGGUACACUCCUAUACAAAAUAUUCAUGUUGCGCUUUAUGAGCUAUUUAUGUUCUAAAAGCGAAGGAACAAUGUCCUUCGAUCUGGUCAUGCAAAUGCUUUCAAAGUUGUCUGUCAGGUUGGCAAAAUUGGAGAGUAUGAUUGAAAAAUCUACUUUUGACAAUAAUUUGGUAUCAUUGUCUCAAAAUGUAAUGGAAAUGUCUUUAGAACUGAUCCAUCGAUUUAAAUGUAACGCAGAUGAUUGGUGGAAGAAUGAAAUCGAUUCAUGCUCAAAAGAUAACUCUUUUCCAAUGAAUUUAGAACAUUUAGAUGUUAGAAAUGAAAUAGACCUCUCUCUCCCUAACGCUUCAAAACAUUUAAAAACCAUGAGAGAUUCAUUACACGCCAUAUAUACAGGUCAACAGUAUGUACACAAACCUCCAAAGGACGUUGAUGCUUCUGAAAGAAAUGACUUUGAAUACCUGUGUGAGAUCGAAGACUUGAUUCGAAAAGAUAUGUUGAAAUUCAUUCAUGAACAGAAAUUUAAAUCAAAAAACCUCUUUGAAAUACUAGAACAAUAUCAUAUUAAGGCAACCAACUUGUAUGAGAAUGAUCCGGUAGGAAAAAGCAGAUUUUUUCUUAACUGUUUUUAA